AUGUUUUUACCAAGAUAUAUCAAGCUUGUCACCUUCGGUCAACCUAGAACUGGUGACUAUGAUUACGCGGAUUUUCAUGAUGCAGCAUUCCCAUACUCAUAUCGUGUUGUCAGUCGUCAUGAUCCUGUACCUCACACGCCUCCACAAGAAGGUGAUGACCAACCAUUUCAUCACCUUUAUGAAGUCUGGUAUAAUAACGAUAUGGCUAUUGGCCAACCAUAUACCAUUUGCGAAGAAGCCGACGGAAUCUAUUGUAGCAACACCGUCACCAAUAAAGUCGACAGUGAUCACUGGUUCUACUUCAAUCGGAACAUCAAGGAAUGGGGGCAGAAUGGAUGCCCUGCAUUGAAUUCCAAAACACGGUCAUAG